AUGCAACGACGGUUGUACCGUGGAGGUGGACCGAUUUAUGAGAGAGAGGGAGAACCCCCGACAUUUAUGGGAGUUGGUGGACAAAAUUAUUUUGGCCAGAGGGUAGGGAUUUCGCCGGAAGGUGAAGAGAAGCUAGAGUUCAGCGCCGGAGGAUGUUCGCUAGGCAGGGGGCCACCGGCCACGGCGUUUUGGUGGGGGAGGGGGGGAGAGGGGGAGAUGGAAGAGCAAACUUUAGUUGGGAGGAAAAAUCCUCGGACUCGUCCUUUAGGGGCGAUUAUAAAAGUCAAGGCACAAGCAAAGAAAGCAAAGGUGGAUGAGGCAACUUCAGAAAAAUCUUUGGUUGCGGUGAGAGAAGCUAUUACUGUUGGUGGAGGAAAUCCGGUGGGAAAACACAAUAAUGUUGAUACAGAAAACAUCUUAGAGUCGAAGAAAACACCUACACCCAAUAAUGUGGAUGUGGAUACAGAAAAGGUAUUGGAGUCGGCGAGAACAUCUGCUAUGGGGGAUAGUAAGGUGUUGCAUGUCGUUUCUAAUAGUGGCCUGGUUUCCUACAGUGAUGAAAGUGAAGAGGAUGAUUAG